GCUCCUACUGUUAAAAACAAAAAAAUUUGUCUAGUUGAGUUGUUUCCCGAGAAGCUUAUUCAAAGUUGUUAGCGCUUAUAAAUAACACUUUGUAAAAAUGCAGAUGAUUCCUGAGGAUGAUUUGGGAGUUAAUAAUAAUGGGUACACCGAAAUGGAAAGUGGAUUGUACACAAUAAAUAAUGGAUAUACUCCGGUGCAAUUUACGGUUUUGCAAAAUUCUACUAAAAUUCAAGCUAGAAACAGUGUAACUUCAUUAGUAAUUAAAGGAAAUUCUUCUGUUACUACUAUAAAUCAACAAAAUACCGAAGCAGAUGGAAUAACGUUUUAUACAACAACUUCUAAUGAUGGCAGAUACAGAGCAAAAAGUCGUCAAUAUAGAGUUUCAAUAACUCCAGCUGAUGAUGUUUUGCCACCAUAUACUGCAUUAUCUAUUAAACCACCUGCUUAUGAAAAAAAGGUUUACAUCGAGGAGGAAGAUGAGAAUGUCGAUAGAGAAACGUCUACUCAAAAAGAUGGAAGACCAAACAAUGAAAGAAAAAACAAAAGCUAUCGAGGAAAAAAAAACAAAAAAUGUUGCAUUAUAAUGUGCAUUAUCCUGUUGUUAUUAAUUAUUCUAAUUGGAGGUAUACUACUUGUAGUUUACAGUGCCAAAUCAAUUUUGAGAUAAUCGUGAAGUAUUGCAAAAACUUUUUCAAGUAUGAAUAAAGUAUCUUCCAAUAUAAUGACAUUUUAUUUAUCGUUUAAUAUAAUGACAUUUAAUUCACCAUAUAAUAUAAUGACAUUUAAUUUAUUGUAUAAUAAUGACAUUUAUCUAAAUAAUAACAUUAAUAACUUCAUGUUAAUUUAAGUUAGGUUUAAUUUAGCGUUUCUAAGUGAUUUUAUCAAUUUCUUAUUUGCUAUUUUUUAAGUAACAAUUUUUUUUUUUAAUUUUGGCGUCUAUUUAUCUUUAGUUAAAAAUGUUUGACUUAUAACAAUGAUAAUUAUAAUGCUAUUUUUGUAAUCUAGAAAUCAAGGUCUUCGAUAACACAUCAUUAACUUUAAUAAACG